GCGAGUCGCGAUUGGCCGGCGCCCGCCCCGCUUUUCGGCAAGCUGGGGGAGCAGGAAGCGGCAGAGCCGGCGAGACGGGGCGAGGGGCUCCUCGCGAAUGGUCAAUUCACUAUGGAAGCCGAAGAAACGAUGGAAUGCAUUCAAGAAUUCCCAGAACAUUAUAAAGUUAUUUUGGACAGACUGAAUGAACAGCGUGAGCAGGAUCAGUUUACGGACAUCACUCUGAUUGUAGAUGGUCACCAUUUCAAAGCUCAUAAGGCUGUCCUUGCUGCCUGCAGCCAGUUCUUCUACAAAUUCUUCCAAGAUUUCACUCAGGAGCCUUUGGUAGAGAUAGAAGGUGUAAGUAACAUGGCAUUUCGACACUUAAUUGAGUUCACCUACACAGCAAAAUUAAUGGUCCAAGGUGAAGAAGAAGCAAAUGAUGUUUGGAAAGCAGCUGAGUAUCUACAGAUGUUAGAAGCUAUUAAAGCACUUGAAAUCAGGAACAAAGAAAAUUCGGCACCACUAGAAUCAAAUACAACACAAGAUAAAAAUAAAACCAAAAAGAGGAAGAUAGCCGAAACCUCCAAUGUCAUCACAGAAACAUUGCCAUCUGCAGAAUCAGAGCCUGUUGAAAUUGAGGUGGAGAUUGCUGAAGGGACAAUUGAAGUGGAAGAUGAUAGCAUUGAAACCCUGGAAGAAGUAGCUUCUGCAGAACAGUCUAUAAAGUAUAUACAGACUACGGGUACGUCAGACGAGUCUGCUUUGGCUCUUUUGGCAGAUAUCACCAGCAAGUACCGUCAGGGGGAAAGGAAAUGCCAGAUCCAAGAAGAAGGUGACAAUGCAACUGAUCCUACAUGCAAACAGGUAGAAGGUAUUGAAAUUGUGGAACUUCAGCUGUCACACAUGAACAAUUUAUUCCACUGUGAGAAAUGUAACCGUUCGUUUAAAUUGUUUUACCAUUUCAAGGAACACAUGAAAACACACUCCACUGAGAGUUACAAAUGUGACAUAUGCAAUAAAAGGUACCUACGAGAGAGUGCAUUGAAACAGCACCUCACCUGUUACCACCUUGACGAAGGUGGAGCCAGCAAGAAACAAAGACCUGGCAAAAAAAUACACGUAUGCCAAUACUGUGAUAAACAGUUUGACCACUUUGGACAUUUUAAAGAGCACCUUCGGAAACACACAGGUGAAAAACCAUUUGAAUGUCCAAAUUGCCAUGAACGUUUUGCUAGAAAUAGCACACUCAAAUGUCAUUUGACAGCCUGUCAAUCCGGUGCUGGAGCUAAAAAGGGAAGAAAGAAGCUGUAUGAAUGUCAGGUAUGUAAUAGUGUAUUUAACAGCUGGGAUCAAUUUAAAGAUCACUUGGUAAUACACACAGGUGACAAACCCAACCAUUGUACCUUAUGUGAUUUGUGGUUUAUGCAAGGCAGCGAACUGAGAAGGCAUCUCAAAGACAUUCAUAACAUUUCAGAACGAAUAGUGACAGAGGAGGUUCUUCCAGUGGAAACCGUGGAAACGGAACCAGUGACAUCAAUGACUAUUAUAGAACAAGUGGAGCAAGUCCAUGUACUACCAGUAAUUCAGGUACAAGUGGAUCCAGCACAAGUAACUGUGGAACAGGUGCAUCCGGAUCUGAUUCAAGAUAAUCACGUGAAAGGCACACAGAUGGACGAUCUGCAAGAACAGGUACAGAUUAGUUACGUAGAAGUGGAACACAUUCAGACUGAACAAGGUGCUGAUGUACAGAUGGAGGAGCUACAUGUUGAACAUGUAAAUCAGAUACAAAUGGAAGAGGUACAGGCAGAACUUAUAGAUGAAACAGAUCUAGAACAAGUGGAGUCUGAAAACAUUAAUCAGGGAGAGUUAGAAGAGAGUGAAACUGGUGAAAUAGGUGAUGUGGAGACAGUUAAAGAAGAUCAUGAACAAGCUGAAGAUUUAAAAACUCAACAAAUAGUGGACACACAAGAUGAGCAAGUGGAUGAUUAG